UUUUAUGUGUGAUGAUCCCUCCCUAAUGACAAGUAUCAUCAAACUUUGAGCAAGUAUAAUUUCAUCUUUCAGCAAAGAUGAAUAUCAGACGGAUCAUUCAAAAACUACCAACACUGUGGAAUUUGUUGGAACUACAAAUUCUGGUUCUGGUGAGUCUCUUCUUGCAAACGGCUCUGAUACUUUUAGGGAGUCGAAGGAAGUACAAAAACAAUGCAAUAAUGCAAUUCGUGGUCUGGUGCUUCUAUCUGUCCGCGGACUGGAUAGCGACCAUCGCUCUUGGUAUUCUUUCUGAAGACAUGAGAGAUUCAUCGAAAGACCUGGAAUCCAAGUUCGUAGUUAUGGCUUCUUGGGCACCUUUCCUUCUCGCGCAUCUCGGUGGCCCUGACACAAUCACUGCAUAUUCUCUUGAGGAUAAUGAACUUUGGCUGCGACACCUGAUUGGCUUAUUCUACCAGUGCUAUGUGGCAGUUUACGUGGUCUACAAGUCAUGGAAAGGGGGACAUCUUAAUUAUGUUACCAUUCCAUUGAUUGUGGCAGGAAUGAUCAAAUAUGGUGAGAGGACUUGGUCUUUGAGGUCCGGAAGCAGCCAAAAUUUCAGAGAAUCCAUCAUUCCAGCGCCAGACCCUGGACCGAAUUAUGCCAAAUUUAUGGAUGACUACUCUGCAAAAAAGGCUGAAGGAUACAGAGUUUCUUUAGGGAAAGUGAUUAAAACUGCUCCUGCACCACCAUUGACCCAAAGUGCAGCAUUGAAUAACAGUAUUGCAAAUGCUUCAUGUUUACGCGACGGAUUCUAUUUCUUCAGGAUUUUCAAGUGCCUAUUCUCAGAUCUCAUCCUUAGUUUCCAAGACCACAAGAGCAGCCAAAGCUUCUUUAGGAGCAACUCCUGUGAACAUGCUUUUCAAGUGGUUGAGAUUGAACUUGGAUUAAUGUAUGACAUUCUAUACACAAAGGCAAUUUUCACAUACACCCGUCUUGGCAUUUUCGCCAAAUUUGUGAGCAUUUCUUGUACAAUCUCUGCAUUUGUUGUCUUUUGUCAUUCCGUAGACAUAAACCACAAGGAGAAUGAGCGGGUUAUUACUUUUGUGCUCUUUAUUGGAGCUAUUUUACUUGAGAUAUAUGCUGUCAUUGUUUUACUUUCUUCGAGUUGGACAAUGAUUUGGUUGAGCAAGCGCAAGAAAUGGCUAGUGAAUCCUCUCUAUAGGUCUAUCUCUCGUUUACAAGUUUUGCUUAAAUUAUCACACACUAAAAGCUGGUCCAACCAAAUGUCACAGUUCAACCUUAUUGAUUUCUGCCUCAAGAAUAAGUCAGUUUUAUGCAUCAAGGUCCAAAUAUGUCUUCACAUUUAUAGGCAUUUUGAGAAGUCUUACUACACAUAUUCAGAUGAUGUCUCUGAACAACUGAAAUCCUUUAUUUUUGGGGAGCUUUUCAGGAUGUCCGAUAGUGCAUCAGAUAUUGAAUCAUGUAAGAAAUUAUGUGCUCAUAGGGGUGACAGAGUCUUGAAUGAAAAGGGCCGUCAUGAGUUUGAUUGGAGCAUUGAGGUAGAGUUUGAUCAAAGCAUAUUACUUUGGCAUAUUGCUACUGAUCUCUGCUAUUACGAUGAUGAAUCUUUUAUGCUUCAAAGUUGUGUAAGAAGCAGAUUGUUCUCAAAUUACAUGAUGUAUCUUCUUGUCCGACGCCCUUCUAUGUUGCCGAAUGGAAUUGGCCAGAUCAGGUUCGACGAUACAUGUGCAGAGGCGAAGGAACUUCUGCUGGAAAGGAAGUACAUGAAGAAAGGAAAGGAAGCUUCCGACAUGAUACUACAAGUAAACACGGAAAUUCCGCCGUCAGAAGUGAAAGGAGAUAGAAGCAAGUCGGUGCUGUUUGAUGCUUGUAGGCUUGCAAAAUCUUUGCAAGCUUUAGAAACAGAGAAGAAUUGGAGCAAGGAGGAGAAAUGGGAAAUGAUAAGCCGUGUUUGGCUGGAGAUGCUAUGCCAUGCGGCGAGUCACUGCAGAGGGCUCGAACAUGCCAGGCAGCUUAGCAGAGGUGGGGAGUUGCUUACCCAUGUCUGGCUUUUAAUGGCACAUUUAGGCAUAACUGAACAAUUUCAGAUUUCACAAGGUCAUGUAAGGGCAAAGUUAGUACUAGACUAGAUAUGUUGGAUGCAUCAGUAACUGAAGCUGUUUGUUUCUGUUUCCGUUUUCUACCUCCAUUAUUGAAGAUCAUGUGUUUGUGAAACUAGCAUUUGCUUGUAUUUAAUAUCGUGAAUUAUCGCCAAA